AUGAACAAGCCUGGCAAAUCGAUGAGCCCAGUAGUGAACAAAGAGCCGAUCAAGUCGUACGAAGAACCGAUACUGCCGUUUGACGAGGAGAAGAUGAAUGAGCAGAAAUGCGACUAUGAAAACCUGAAGCACAAGAGCGACAAACAGACAUUCAGUUCUAUUUUGGACGUCAAGAACGAUAUGUCAGACCUGGGUGUCCUGGAAAAGGACGGGAACACGAUACACUCGCAGCGGCGCUACAAGAAGAAGUUUGCUUUGACGAGUGAUAAGGUACACUCUGGGCACUAG